AGCGUGCGACAGAGGAGGGCCGCAGGCCCGAGUGGCUGAGGUUGGGGCAGCUUAGUCUUUUACGCCUUCGGAAGGAGAUGCGGGUGCCCAUGGCUUUGCAGGGCAUCUUGGUCGUGGAACUGGCAGGCCUGGCCCCGGGCCCGUUCUGCGGUAUGGUCCUGGCGGACUUCGGGGCGCAGGUGGUGCGUGUGGACCGGCCGGGCGCCCGCGGCGACCUGAGCCGGAUGGCCAGGGGCAAACGCUCGCUGGCCGUGGACCUGAAGCAGCCGCGGGGAGCGGCGGUGUUGCGGUCGCUGUGCGCCCGGGCGGAUGUGAUGCUGGAGUCCUUCCGCCCUGGUGAGCCCCAGAUCCCGACGCGACGCGAGACCGGACGAGGGAUGGUCCCCGAAGAAGGGAGGCCGCCGGACAUUUGGGGUGUGAUGGAAAAACUCCAGCUCAGCCCAGAGAUUCUGCAGAGGGAGAAUCCAAAGCUUAUCUACGCCAGGUUGAGUGGAUUCGGCCAAUCAGGAAGAUUCUCUAGGGUAGCAGGACAUGACAUCAACUACUUGGCUUUGUCAGGUGUUCUAUCAAGGAUUGGCCGAAGUGGUGAGGCUCCGUAUGCCCCGCUGAAUCUCCUGGCUGAUUUUGGUGGUGGUGGCCUCAUGUGCACCCUGGGCAUCCUGAUGGCGCUAUUUGAACGCACGCGCUCUGGCAAAGGUCAGGUCAUUGAUGCAAACAUGGUGGAAGGAACAGCAUAUCUAGGUUCUUUUCUGUGGAAAACCCAACAAACAGGACUGUGGGGACAGCCUCGUGGACAGAACAUGUUAGAUGGUGGAGCGCCUUUCUACACAACCUACAGGACGGCGGACAGGGGGUUCAUGGCUGUUGGAGCAUUAGAGCCCCAGUUCUAUGAGCUGCUGCUUAAGGGACUUGGGCUAAAGUCUGAUGAACUUCCCAGUCAGAUGAGCAUAACUGAUUGGCCAGAAAUGAAGAAGAAAUUUGCAGAUAUAUUUGCAAAGAAGACAAAGGCAGAGUGGUGUCAGAUCUUUGACGGCACAGAUGCCUGCGUGACUCCUGUUUUGACUUUUGAAGAGGUUACCCAUUGUGGUCACCAUAAAGAUCGGGGCUCAUUUAUUAUUGAUAGGGAGCAGGGUGUGAGUCCCCGCCCUGCACCCCAGCUGUCCAACACCCCAGCUGUCCCUUCGUCCAAAAGGGAUCCUUUUGUAGGAGAACACACUGAAGAGAUACUCAAAGAGUUUGGCUUCAGCCAGGAAGAGAUCAGUCAGCUUAAGUCAGAUAACAUUAUUGAAUGUAAUAAACCAAGAGCUAACCUCUAAGUUCUAAGCCCCACAACUCAAAUGAAUUUGAAUAUUGCAUUUACAGUAUAGAAUAAUACAAAAAAAUGUAUGCAUGGAAACGUGAAAAAACAAUAUCACAGUGGUCCAACUAUUCUAAUCAGGAAACAAGGCUGAUGAUAGAGUGAUGAUUGAAUUCUGAAAACGGUUAACAUCAUGGCUUUUGAUUUAGGAAUAUUUUUAGUUUGCCUAUACUAAAUUGUGGCAGUUUUUCUGCCUUCCAAUUUACUUGAUUGGUUACAUUUGUUGAUUUAAAAUAUUUAUAUAUUUAUAAUAUACUUUAAAUGAAUUAAUAUAAUGCUUUUUAUUAAAUAAAGCUAUUUUUCC